AUGCUGGAACUGGGCUCCUGUUCGGUCAGUUCUCAGUCUCUGACAGGGGACCACAAUGCUUUGGGGCCACCGAGAGCUCCGGGAGCGCCGGAGAGUCCGGCGGGAGGUCCGGGUCUUGGCGUGGGGUCGGUGUGUGGCAGCAGCAGCCCCCGCCGUCGCGUCCUCCACCCGUCCCCGUCCGACUGCGAGAGCUGGCAGAAGCACCGGGCCGGACUGGCCGGGGGGUCCAGCCCGUACUCUGAGCCCGGAUCCCUGCUGGAGCCCCACAGCCUGUCCACCAGCUUCGACACCCUCUACCUCCCCCACGGCCACGCGCCCCCCCUGCACCCCAGCCGCCUCGGCCUCUCGCUGGACGUGGCCUCGACGUUCGACGUGGGGAUGCUGGGGGCGGACGGGGACUUGGCGGUGAGUCCGAACGUGAUGAAGAGGCGGCGGGGCGGCCUGAUCGAGCAGAGGGACAUCGUGAAAGCUCACCAGGCUCACAAGAUACAGAGCACACCGCAGGCACGACGCAAGGAGUGGGAAAUGGCCCGCUUCGGAGACGACGUCCCGGGCUUGUUGAGCUCCGGGGACGGAGGCUCGGAGCGCAACCGCAACCGCGAUGGAGCCGCCGUGUCCACAGGUGGCAUCUCCCCAGCCUUCAAGCAGACCAAAGCGCAGCGAGCCCGCACCAUGGCCCUGUACAACCCCAUCCCGGUCCGGGAGAACUGCUUCACCGUCAACAGGUCGCUCUUCAUCUUCGGCGAGGACAACGUGGUCAGGAAGUACGCCAAGAAGAUCACCGAGUGGCCUCCGUUCGAGUACAUGAUCCUCGCCACCAUCAUCGCCAACUGCAUCGUCUUGGCUCUGGAGCAGCACCUUCCCGGAGAGGACAAGACGCCCAUGUCCAAGAGGCUGGAGAAGACCGAGCCCUACUUCAUCGGGAUGUUCUGCUUCGAGGCCGGCAUCAAGAUCAUCGCGCUGGGCUUCGUGUUCCACAAAGGCUCCUACCUCAGGAACGGCUGGAACGUGAUGGACUUCAUCGUGGUCCUCAGCGGGAUCCUGGCUGCAGCGGGGGCGCACAUGAACAUCUCGGUGGACCUGAGGACUCUGAGGGCGGUCCGAGUGCUGCGACCCCUCAAACUGGUGUCAGGAAUCCCCAGUCUGCAGAUCGUCCUGAAGUCCAUCAUGAAGGCCAUGGUUCCUCUGCUGCAGAUUGGUCUGCUGCUGUUCUUUGCCAUCCUCAUGUUCGCCAUCAUCGGCCUGGAGUUCUACAGCGGCAAACUGCACUACACCUGCUUCCCACAGCCGGGGAUCCUGGAAAACGAGACGGUGGACACGUCUGAGUUCGAGUUCCCGUGCGGCGUCCGUGAGUGUCCGGCCAGGUACACCUGCAACGACACCUGGAUCGGCCCCAACGACGGCAUCACGCAGUUCGACAACAUCCUGUUCGCCGUGCUCACUGUCUUCCAGUGCAUCACCAUGGAGGGCUGGACUACCGUGCUCUACAAUACCGACGAUGCCUUGGGCCCCAACUGGAACUGGCUCUACUUCAUCCCUCUCAUCAUCAUCGGCUCCUUCUUCGUCCUGAACCUGGUGCUGGGAGUCCUCUCUGGGGAGUUUGCCAAAGAGAGGGAGCGGGUGGAGAACCGGCGGGCCUUCAUGAAGCUGAGGCGCCAGCAGCAGAUUGAGAGAGAGCUCAACGGCUACCGGGCCUGGAUCGACCGAGCAGAGGAAGUGAUGCUCGCCGAGGAGAACAAGAACCCAGGACCUUCUGCGCUCGAUGCUCUCAGGAGGCUCCCAGAGUGGAGUACAGGUGGCGCCUACGUGCUGAAGCGAGCCACCACCAUCAAGAGGAGAGGGAUGGACGUGGUGCACCAGGGCCAGUCGGGGGAGGACCAGUACGGAGACAUCUCCUCCGUGGGCAUCCCCAUGGCCAGAGCCAGCAUCCGGAGCGCCAAACGGGGUCCGACGGCUUACUUCCGCCGCAAGGAGCGACUCCUCCGCAUCUCGAUCCGCCGCGUGGUGAAGACCCACACGUUCUACUGGACGGUUCUGGGCCUGGUGGCGCUGAACACUCUGUGCGUCGCCAUCGUUCACCACAACCAGCCGCUGUGGCUCUCCAACUUCCUGUACUAUGCAGAGUUCCUGUUCCUCGCUCUGUUCCUGACGGAGAUGUUCCUGAAGAUGUACAGUCUGGGUCCUCGCCUCUACUUCCACUCCUCCUUCAACUGCUUCGACUGCAGCGUGAUCGUUGGCAGCAUCUUUGAAGUGCUGUGGGGCUUCUUCAGGCCUGGCACCUCCUUUGGCAUCAGCGUCCUGCGAGCUCUCCGUCUGCUGAGGAUCUUCAAGAUCACGAAGUACUGGGCGUCUCUGAGGAACCUCGUGGUCUCCCUGAUGAACUCCAUGAAGUCCAUCAUCUCGCUCAUCUUCCUGCUCUUCCUCUUCAUCGUCGUGUUCGCGCUGCUCGGCAUGCAGCUCUUCGGCGGCAGGUUCAUCUUCGAAGACUACACGCCGACGAACUUUGACACCUUCCCUGCAGCGAUCAUGACCGUCUUUCAGAUUCUGACUGGAGAAGACUGGAACGAGGUGAUGUACAACGGCAUCCGCUCCCAAGGAGGAGUCAAGUCCGGCAUGUGGUCCUCCAUCUACUUCAUAGUUCUCACUCUGUUUGGGAACUACACUCUGCUGAACGUCUUCUUGGCCAUCGCUGUGGACAACCUCGCCAACGCUCAGGAACUCACCAAGGAUGAAGAGGAAGCAGAGGCGGCGUUCAACCAGAAACACGCUCUGCAGAAGGCGAAGGAGGUCGGCCCGUUGUCCUCCUUCAUGUCUUCAGAGGGAAGCCGGCGGCGGCGGCCCUACCUGUACAGGAAACGAGCGAUUCACCGCAGCCGGCCGACCUACUCCUGCUCCCUGGAGGAGGCCCAGGGCAGUGUCAGGGAGGGCCGGCCUCCCCCGCCACUCAACCCCUCUAACUCUUUCAUGUCCAGGAGAGAGAGAAGAAAGAGGAUGACCAUGUCGGUGUGGGAGCAGAGGACCAGCCAGCUCCGGAGACACCGCCAGAUGUCCAGCCGGGAGAUCCUGUUCAACAACCCCAGCGAGGAGAAAGACGGGCCUCCUGCCUCGGCUCAUCCCCAACAUGGACGCCCGCUGUCGCUGCACCGAAAGGCCAUGCAGCACACGCCAUCAGGGAGUCUGAAGCUCCCGACAGACCCUCUGGCCUCCCCAGCCAAGAACCCGGCCUCAGGCUCCUCCAUGUCUGUGGAUAUGCCCCUGGAUGCUGCCCUCUCCGGAGACAUCCCCGAACCCCCGAUGUCAGUGCUGGUGCCGGAGUCGGUGGAUCCUACAAACGUUCCUCCUACUGAUUCAGUGUCCACGACCCUCUCAGAGCCUCCAGAACCCGUCGCUGAGAGCGGAAAGCUAGGCGCCAAUCAGAGCCACAAACCCAUCAGCGAGCGCCGAAGCCCCAGGCUGAACGGCGAGCGUCAGCACAGGCCGGUAAAGAAGUUCAGACCUCCGGAUAAUGUGGACGCGCUGACUCCUGAAAUGGGAGGUCACGGUGCGUUCAGGGCCAGGAGGGCGCUGCAUCACUGCGAGCACCAGAGCGGAACCAGAAGUCAGGGAUCUUCUCCUGGCAACGGGAGCCAACCGGCGAGCUGCUCGGAGGCCGAGGAGAAGAAGGGAAACCCGGGAACGGUGGAGGAGAAGGAUGCCGAGCCUGAAAACAAGGAGGGAGAGGAGUCCAGACAUGAGGAGAGCAGACCAGACGACCAGAGCGAAGGAGUGGACAGCAACCCAACAGAGAACCAGACCCAGUCUGGUGACCAGUGUCCUCCAAAGCAGGAGGAGGCUCCUCAGCAGUCCGAACCGGCUGCACCUGAUGUCUCCGAGGACAACAAGGAGGAGAAGGAGGCCGAGCCGGACCAGGACAAAUCUGGGCUCAGCUCCAGUGUGAUCAUCGAGGUGCCCAAUGUACAGCCGUCUCUAGAGCUCUCCACGAUCACAGUCAACAGUAAGGAUCCCGAAACCUGCAAAUCAGAGAAGGAGGAAGCAGAAGAGACGAAGCCCGUCAACACCGUGACCCCAGACAGCAUGUUCAUCUUCAAGCCUGACAACCCGGUGCGGCGAGCCUGUCACUACGUGGUGAACCUCCGGUACUUUGAGAUGUCCAUCCUGCUGGUCAUCGCUGCCAGCAGCAUCGCUCUGGCUGCUGAGGACCCUGUGGCCACCUCCUCCGACUGGAAUAAGGUUCUGCGUUAUUUUGAUUACGUGUUCACCGGAGUCUUCACGUUUGAGAUGAUUAUAAAAAUGAUCGACCAGGGCCUCAUCCUCCACGACGGCUCCUACUUCCGAGACCUGUGGAACAUCCUGGACUUCAUCGUGGUGGUCGGAGCGCUGGUGGCCUUCGCCCUCACCAAUGUGAUGGGAAACAACAAAGGACGGGACAUAAAAACCAUCAAGUCUCUGCGAGUGCUGCGAGUCCUCAGGCCUCUGAAGACCAUCAAGAGGCUUCCCAAACUCAAGGCCGUGUUCGACUGCGUGGUGACGUCUCUGAAGAACGUCUUCAACAUCUUGAUCGUCUACAAGCUCUUCAUGUUCAUCUUCGCCGUCAUCGCCGUGCAGCUCUUCAAGGGGAAGUUCUUCUACUGCACCGACAGCUCAAAGGACACGGAGAAGGACUGCCAGGGCUACUACAUCGACUACGGGAAGGACAAGAAGGAGGUGAAGCGGCGCGACUGGAAGCGACACGAGUUCCACUACGACAACGUGAUCUGGGCUCUGCUCACGCUGUUCACCGUCUCCACCGGAGAGGGAUGGCCUCAAGUCCUGCAGCACUCCGUCGACGUGACGGAGGAGAACCGAGGGCCGAGCCACGGAAACCGCAUGGAGAUGUCCAUCUUCUACGUCAUCUACUUCGUCGUCUUCCCCUUCUUCUUCGUCAACAUCUUCGUGGCUCUGAUCAUCAUCACCUUCCAGGAGCAGGGCGACAAGAUGAUGGAGGAGUGCAGCCUGGAGAAGAACGAGAGGGCCUGCAUCGACUUCGCCAUCAGCGCCAAGCCUCUGACCCGGUACAUGCCUCAGAACCGGCACACGUUCCAGUACCGCCUGUGGCACUUUGUGGUGUCGCCGUCCUUCGAGUACACCGUCCUCGCCAUGAUCGCCCUCAACACCAUCGUGCUGAUGAUGAAGUACUACUCCGCCCCGCCGGCGUACGAAGCCGCCCUGAAGCACCUGAACACGGCGUUCACCGUCCUGUUCUCGGUCGAGUGCGUCCUCAAGAUCAUGGCCUUCGGCUUCCUGAACUACUUCAGAGACACGUGGAACAUUUUUGACUUCAUCACCGUGUUGGGAAGCAUCACUGAGAUCGUGGUCGACCUGCAGUUCGUCGAUACGUUCAACAUGAGCUUCCUGAAGCUGUUCCGAGCCGCCCGUCUCAUCAAGCUGCUGAGACAAGGCUAUACCAUCCGGAUCCUGCUUUGGACCUUCGUCCAGUCCUUCAAGGCGCUGCCUUACGUCUGCCUGCUCAUCGCCAUGCUCUUCUUCAUCUACGCCAUCAUCGGCAUGCAGGUGUUUGGGAACAUCAAGCUGAAUGAGGAGACUCACAUCACCCAACACAACAACUUCAAGACCUUCUCUGGAGCUCUGAUGCUGCUCUUCAGGAGUGCGACGGGGGAGUCGUGGCAGGAGAUCAUGCUGUCCUGUCUGGGGGGACAGCAGUGUGAGACGGACCCUCAGGCGGCGCUGACCACCGACCAGGAGGGCGGAUGUGGAUCCGACUUCGCCUAUUUCUACUUUGUCUCCUUCAUCUUUUUUAGCUCCUUUCUGAUGCUGAACCUGUUCGUGGCCGUGAUCAUGGACAACUUUGAAUAUCUCACGAGGGACUCGUCCAUCCUGGGUCCUCAUCAUCUGGACGAGUUUGUCCGGAUCUGGGGGGAGUAUGAUCGCGCCGCCUGCGGUAGGAUCCACUAUAAGGAGAUGUACAAAGUUGUUCGCACUAUCUCGCCUCCCCUGGGCUUUGGGAAGAACUGCCCCCACAGGGUGGCCUGCAAGAGACUCGUGCUGAUGAACAUGCCCGUGGACGACGACAUGUCCGUCCACUUCACCUCCACCCUCAUGGCUCUGAUCCGCACCGCCCUCGAGGUCAAGAUCGCCAGAGGAGGGGAGGAUAGGAACCAGAUGGACUUGGAUCUGCAGAAGGAGAUCAGCGUCAUCUGGCCUCAUCUGUCCCAGAAGACGCUCGACUUGCUGGUUCCCAUUCACAAAGCCAGCGACAUGACCAUCGGGAAGAUCUACGCCGCCAUGAUGAUCAUGGAUUACUACAAGCAGAGCAAAGCCAAGAAGCUUCGACAGCAGCUCGAGGAACAGAAACACGCCCCCAUGUUCCAGCGAAUGGACGCUUCCUCCCUCCCUCAAGAAAUCCUAUGCAACGCCAAAUCCCUGCUGUUCCUCAGACACAGCGCCGGAUCUGCUCUCACCAGAGGAGGCUUCGUGGCUCUCAGCCCGAUCUCCCCUCAGGAGAUGUUCCUGCAGCCUCUGUCUCGAUCCAGGGAGGAGAAGGAGGAAGAGGAGGAGGAGGACGAUGACUACCGCUCCCCGUACCACCCCUACCUACAUCACCACCACCACCACCACCAUCUACACACUCUGGUGCCAGAAGUCGUGGAGUAUAACCAAGUGAUGCAGCAGGCCCGGCAGGACCCCACGCUUAUGAAAUCACCUCAGAGGACAGCAUCCAUCAGAGCCUCCUCCAUGCCCCGACUGGCUGUUGAUCCACAGCCGGGGAUGUCGGCGGACAGUAAGCUGAUGAAGCGCUCCUUCUCCACCAUCGGAGACCAGUGCGUGAACGGCCUCUGGCAGGAGCAGCACUCUCUGGAGAGAGUCAGUCCUGAUGGUACAUACCGACCCCGGCAGAGGAGCUACAGAGGCCCGAGAAUCAACCACAGAGAACCCAGCAGUCACGAGAGAGGACGAUCUAAGGAGCGGCGCCACCUGCUGUCGCCCGACGUGUCGCGCUGCAACUCCGAGGAGCGAAGUCGAGACCCUUCGUACGAGAGGAGGCGAUCCCGAUCACCCAGCGAACGACAAGCGCAAACCUUACAGCAACAGGGUAACACUUCAGACAGCCCUGCACACUCAGCCUCAGAGUCCGGUACCCCCCGGAACCGGCGCCAGCUGCCCCAGACCCCCUCUCGCCCGCGGCCUUACAUCUCCUACUCUCCCCUCAUCUGCCGACCCCACUCGUCCCCCACACCAGCAGCCUCCUCUGAGGGACAGACCCAGCCCGAGGAUGGCCCGUCUGGCCCCGCCGAGGCCCCGUGGAGGUCCGACAAGGACGCCGGGCCCUUGUCUGCGCUUCAGGGGUCCUCCGGAGGUCAGGUUUUAGGGCCGAGCCACCCGUCUCCUCACCGCUACAUAUCGGAGCCCUACCUCCCCUUCCACGAGGACCUCAGUGGCGGGACAGCAGGCGACAGGCAGGAGACCCUCACCUUUGAGUCCGCCGUGGCCACCAGCCUUGGACGGGCCAACGCCAUAAGCUCCGCCCCUCAGCUCAGACACUCCUGGCAGGUUCCCAACGGGCAUUUCCGGAAGCACCAGUCGAGUCCGGCCGGCGCCAGCGAGCUGCUCAGUGACACGGACGAGGACGACCGCUGCUAA